AUGUCGCAGCAUCACAGAGAUGGCAGCUCGCAUCCCGACGAGCCACCUGCCAAGAAGCGGACCCUCCAGAUCAAGUUAGGGAGACCACGACCAUCCACCGACUUUCAACAGGCCGAGCAGGCGUCCCCUUCCCUGAAUCGCAGCCGGCCCGGGAACGGCAUCCGCAUCUCGUUGAAGCGCAAGUCUUCGGUACCAGAAUCGCAGUUCACCCCACCUCGCUUUGCGGUUCAGCUUGCCGAGGACGAAGACGACGACGAUCAGGAAGAUGAUGACGAUGACACCCAGCAGGUAGCCUCGGGCAAUGCCUCCGAAGAGGAAGAUGAUAACGACGACGACCAGAGUGGUGAAGACGAGGACCAAGACGAACAGGAUGCGGAAGACGAUGAAGGAGACGAAGACAUGCAGGACGAGAACGAUGGCACCAUGGAUGCGCUUCAUGGCGAUCUCGCAGACGAUGGCGCAUCUGUAGCCGGUCCUUCCGCACUCAACGGCGACGGAACAUCUAACCCACGAGUCCGCGGCAGGAACGGCGCGUUCACAAGCACCGGUGCGGGCGGCUCCAAUCCAAGUCGACGACCCAUCAAGCGUCUCCGCUCCAAAGGUCUCUACGAAGCAUUGCCUAAGCUUAUCGAGAACCUGCAGCGUCGCGACAACUACAAGUUUUUCUGCGAGCCCGUCAACCCGGAGGAUGUGCCCGGCUAUACCGAUGUCAUCAAGACGCCCAUGGACUUUGGCACCAUGCAGCGCAAGGUGGACGACCGACUCUACAGCCACAUGGACGACUUCAAGUCCGAUUUCCAGCUUGUGGUCUCGAAUGCCAUGACCUUCAAUCCGGAAGGCACGCUCUACUACAACGAAGCGAAACGCAUCGCUACGUGGGGCAAUCGAGCGAUCGAGCGCGAGGGCAUGGCGGUCAACGACAACGGGCGGGCCGGUGCCAAGGGCGACGAGAUCAGACGUCAAAAGCGUCUGGCGAAAGAAGCUCCCGCCUCCUCUUCUACCAACGUGCUAAACGUACAGGGUGUAUCCUCUGUAAGCGAAGCGUCUGGCCGAAGACAGCUUCGCGGCGCAACGCUCCAGCAACAGCAAGCACUCGACAGUCCAAGUCUGCAGCAGUCGGCCGAUCGACAAGCUUCUCUAGGACUCGACGCUGGCGAUUUGACGUCACGGUCGACUGCGCGGGGAUCACGGUUCGCCUUCAGCGCGGGAGUCCGGGCAUUGAUGGAAGCGGCAAGGGUCACUUCGCAAGCAAGGCAGCGGGCAGCCAUUGCACUCGGCUUGACAGGCGGGACGCUGACUCGCGAAGACUCGGCGCAAGUGGACGGAGGAUUCGGGGAUGACGGCGAGGGUGACAUGGACCUUGAUGAGGACGAUGACAAUGACGAUGAUGCCUCGGACGACGAAGUUGGCAUGCGUGCCAGCGUCGCUCGGGCUAAGAGCCGAGAAUCUCGGGAGCGCUCUGUGACCGUCGAUGGUGCCAGUGGUGCCAUCGCCCGCCGCCUUGGCUCGACACAGCCGACGGGCACACCUUCGACUCCCAUGGGUCAACGUCAAGCCAGUCCCGAUGCAUUAAGGAAGCGUCUAGCUGCAGUGACAGGCACGCCCAUCCAGGCUCUCGCCAGUCCUAUGGUACCAGGCGCGAUCUUGGGUGGCACGACAGGCAAGGCCUCCAAACACGCCAAGAUCAAGCAGCGUCUUGGUGCACCAGGGACACCCAAACGCCUGCUAGUACGAACAGGUCUGCCUGGUCUGGCUGCUGGACUUUCGGCAGAGGCUGGCGGUCGUCCUCUCGAUUCAGCCGAUGGUGCUGCGGCGGCUGCUGACCUCAUCGCCACCAUGUCUCAGUCUCAAGCCCAGUCAGCCGUGGCCAACUACUCCUUCGAUGAUGAUGGGUCCAUCAACCCCAACGAUAUCGACGAUCUCCAAGCUUUCUUGACACUCCACCGUAGCGGAAAGCAUGUCUUGAUGCCGACCAUCGAGUCGCUGUACCCGAUCCCAUUCAUUCCGGGCGACUACGUUGGCAGCGGCACAGGCGACAAGGAUCAGGACCAGGACAAAGAACAGGACCGCUCGAGGGAGAAAGACAAGGUCAAAAACAAGGUGGUAGCCGAUGACGGGGACGAUGAUGAUGAGGAUGGCAAAGGCGAGGCACGGGAGAAAGGCGACAAGGAUCCGCUUUCUACACUACCGCCUACGCGACCCGGUGCACCCGAUCCGCUCUAUUCUGCAAUCGCUCCCGAGCCUGAGUCUAUGCAGAGCAACCUCAGCCACGAUGUCGACUCCCUUCCGCCUCACUUUCGCAACCUGCCGUUCUAUACGCCGAGCUUGCAGGCGAAGGCGGGCAGUCAGAAAGAAGCGUACGGCAUACCGUGCUUCUGGACUAACCCUGCCUACGUCGAGGCGCUCAAGAACGACAAGAGGCCAAAAAAGCAAAAGGACAAGGAGCGGGAGAAAGAACGCGAGACGCUCGAGGAUUGGAGCUACUUUCGACCCACGCUGACACGUCUCCUCGAGAUCACUGAUCUUGGACCAUUCUCCGCCUUGUCGCCGCGGGUGGAAGACGAAAACAGGACCGCGCCUGUCAAGUCUACCGCGAAAGGCAAAGCUGCAAAAGCUCUCAAGUCGGCGCGAGAGGCGACUCAGGCGGUACAGGAGUUCUCUACAUCUUUGCUGGGCGAGGAAGGCUUCAAGGCCAUCGGAACCGAGCUCAAGGAGAAGAGACAAAGACAGCUUUUGCCAAGAGAGAUUCUCAAGAGAUUUGUCGCAGCUGCUCAAGCAGGCGAUGCUAACGCCGUCAAAGAGAUCCUUGCUCAAGCGGAGCAGCGAGACGCAAGUCGGAUCGUAUCGGACAUGGUCUAUGCUGGUGUGGCGGGUCAAGCUUACAUCCGCAGCGUGGGCGAAUUCGUCGGUGGGGCAAUGCAUCACGCUCUACUGCUGGACGAGGUCGACGACGCCAUCGAUCAGCAGACUGUCGAAGCAGAAAAGAAGCUGCCGUUGGCAACAGCGAUGCGCAAGGUGAAACAGACCGAGGCAACGCCGGAACCGACUGCCGCCUCUCGACGCGGUCCCUUCAUGUGGCGGGACACAACCGAGGAGGUGGGUGGCACAGCGACACCAUCGGGCGCCAAUGAAGGCGAGGCUGAGCAGCAAGAGCCUGCAUCGGUCGUCGAUGGUGCUGCAAAUGACUCGACAAAGGCAGAGGCGGACACCUCGGCCAUCUCCGAAUUGGUCAAGGAUCUGAAAAAGGUGGAAGCGCAGCUUGCUCCCCUGCCAAAGUCACUCGCAGAGGUGGUGGAGGAAGAAGUCAUCCGACCCAUCACAGGCAACACGCUCGAUCUGCUGCAUCUUGUCGCUGUCCACCUCGAGAUACCAGGCUCCGAAGCGUUGAACCUGGACGAGAUCGAGAAGCGCCUCCUGCAGAACAAGAUCAGGCCACACCAGCUCGAAGGCGUCGACCCAGCCCGCCUUGCAGCGCCACCUGCAAAGCCAGCAGGUGCCACCGCCGCAGCUCCGAUGUCCGUCUUGCCGCCCCAGCAAACGCAAGUCCCGGUCCAGCCAAUUCCGUUCAUGGCCGAGCUGGACUGGCUCAAAGAUCAGCCGGAUCUGACGCAGCUCUUGGAUGAAGCUCGUCAAGAUAUCGACAGCUUGGGCUCGAUUGUCAACUACAUUGUGCAAAGCGCCUGA